CGUUUGGUCCCUAGUUAUCGCUUGGUGUUUGCUCUUCCUACCCACUCUCUGUCUUUCUAUUAUUGUUUCUACACGCAAUUCGCGAGAUCGAAACAAUCAACUAAUCCGCGAUGAGGGCGGACGAGGAUCAUCUGUACAGGGAGCAGCUUCCGAGCAUGGGCACUCUGAUCAGCGACAGCGGACGGAAGCUGUGUCGCCCGGCGACCAUCACCAACAAGUUGCCCAUACUCCAAUGGCUGCCCCGCUACCGGAUCGAGUACGUGAUGCAGGACUUCAUAGCAGGUUUCACCGUAGGACUAACAACCAUACCUCAAGCCAUUGCCUAUGGGGUGGUGGCUGGCCUGGAGCCACAGUACGGUCUGUACUCGGCUUUUAUGGGCUGCUUCACCUACAUUUUUUUUGGCUCCUGCAAGGAUGUCACAAUCGCCACAACCGCCAUUAUGGCUCUGAUGGUCAACCAGUAUGCCACCAUCAGUCCAGACUACGCUGUGCUAGUGUGCUUCCUGGCCGGUUGCAUCGUGCUCCUCCUGGGCCUGCUCAACAUGGGAGUGCUGGUGCGCUUUAUAUCGAUACCAGUCAUCACAGGCUUCACCAUGGCGGCGGCCACCACCAUCGGCAGUGCCCAAAUUAACAAUAUAGUCGGCCUCAGCAGUCCAUCUAACGAUUUGUUGCCGUCCUGGAAAAAUUUCUUCACCCACUUGCCUUCGAUUAGAAAAUGGGACGCCCUGCUGGGUGUGUAUUCCCUCAUAUUCCUGCUUCUCAUGAAGCAAGUGAAGGACAUCAAGUGGGGCAACCGUAUAUUCUGGAAGUACCUGGCCCUAUCGCGAAACGCCUUGGCCGUGAUCUUUGGCACGUUCCUUGCGUACAUUCUUAGUUGCGAUGGAAACCAGCCCUUCCGCGUCACUGGAAACAUCACAGCGGGCGUGCCACCCUUUCGACUGCCGCCCUUCAGCACCACCGUCGAUGGAGAGUACGUGUCCUUUGGCGAGAUGAUCAGUACAGUAGGCGCCUCUCUGGGCUCCAUACCGCUGAUAUCGAUUCUGGAAAUCGUGGCUAUAUCCAAGGCAUUUUCCAAGGGGAAAAUAGUGGAUGCAUCGCAGGAGAUGGUGGCCCUGGGCAUGUGCAACAUUAUGGGCAGCUUCGUUCUCUCCAUGCCAGUGACGGGCUCAUUCACACGCACGGCAGUCAACAAUGCCAGUGGAGUGAAGACGCCUCUUGGCGGAGCCGUCACGGGUGCUCUCGUGCUCUUGGCAUUGGCCUUUCUCACCCAAACCUUCUACUACAUACCGAAGUGCACGCUGGCGUCCAUCAUCAUAGCAGCCAUGAUAUCGCUGGUGGAGAUCCACAAGAUUGCGGACAUGUGGAAGUCGAAGAAGAAAGAUCUGUUCCCGUUUUUAGUCACAAUUAUCACCUGCAUGUUCUGGAGCCUGGAGUAUGGCAUUCUCUGCGGCAUUGCCGCCAACAUGGUCUACAUUCUGUACAGCAGUGCGCGUCCCCAAGUCUACGUCAGAUUUGAGAAGAUAAAUGGGCACGAGGUGAGCGUGGUGGAUGUAAAGCAGAAGCUCGACUAUGCCUCCGCGGAGUAUCUAAAGGAGAAGGUGGUUCGCUUCCUGAACCAACAGAACGGUGAAACUAGUCUGGUCGUGAUCAAAGGCGAGGAGAUCAAUUCCAUCGAUUACACAGUCGCCAUGAAUAUUGUCUCCCUGAAGGAGGAUCUGAACGCCCUCAACUGUGCUCUCAUCUGCUGGAAGUGGAACAUUGCCUCCGCCGGCGUCGUUUGCCGACUCAAGAACGAUAUUCGCCCCAUCUUCAAGUUUGAUCAGACUCUCGAGGAGCUGGUGGCCUCCCACUUCGACAGUCCUUCCAACUCAGCCUCGACGGUGUCGAUUGAGGCCUAGGAGCCACCCUUAGCUAAAACAGUAUUUGCCUCAGAACAAUUACUUAAUAUUGGAAUAAGAAAUAAGAUGCAUGCUCUUUACUGGC